CCUUUAGGAUCUAGAUUUCCGACUUUCCAUAGACAUUUUUUAUACCUGUUAUAUAUGAAUGUUAUUUUUUUUGUAAUUUUUUUUAAAUUUAGACUAAAUUAAAAUCAGUGAAUUGUUUGUUGGUAUCGUCAAUUUGGUCAGAUUUGUUGAUUUGUAAUUAAUCACUUGGCUAGUUACCUAGUUAAUAAAAAACUUUCAAAAUGAUAAAAUUAUAUUCUUUGAAGCAACAUAAAAAGGACGGAGAAUCUCCAAAAUCGGGUAACCAAAAAAAGGCGUCCGCUGCACAUUUAAGAAUAACAAAAGAUUUAAAUGAACUUACAUUGCCAAAAACGUGUACUACAGAAUUCCCUGAUCCAGAUGAUCUUUUAAAUUUUAAAUUAACAAUAUGUCCAGAUGAGGGAUCAUACAAAGGUGGAAAAUUUAAUUUUAGUUUUAAAGUUGGCGUAAACUAUCCACAUGAACCACCCAAAGUUAAGUGUGAAACAACAGUUUAUCAUCCAAAUAUAGAUCUUGAUGGUAAUGUUUGUUUAAAUAUACUACGCGAGGACUGGAAGCCAGUACUAACUAUUAACAGUGUGAUUUAUGGCCUACAAUAUUUGUUCUUGGAGCCCAACCCAGAAGACCCAUUAAAUAAGGAAGCAGCUGAUGUUCUUCAGAAUAACAAAAGACUAUUUGAUAUGAAUGUUCAAAAAGCUAUGCGUGGAGGCGUUAUUGGCAACACAUAUUUCGAGAAAUGUCUGAAAUAACAGAUACCUAGAAGAAGUUAAGAUAGCCAUAUGGAUUACGUGGUAAUAAUGUGAAUGCAAAUAGGUAUCGAUCUUUUUCAUACAUGAUUGUUUAGUAUGAAAUAAAAUAUUGUAUUUCUUAUAUAUCAUAAAAUUAAUGUUUUUCCUGAAUUUUAAAUUUGUCAUUAAGUUAAUGUAAUGAUUUUAGCUUAAUAGUAAUUUUUACACUAAUACAAAAAAUUAUGGUUAUUCUUUUACUUCUAACCAUAAUUACGAUUUUUUGAUGGUAUUAUAUUAUUGAAUUCAAAACUUUAUUUGUUUAAAAUUAUAAUAACAACAUGUUGUUUAAUUUAUUUAGAUGUUUUUGUAUAUAGUUUGGACAUACAAUAAUAAUAAUAAUAAUAAUAAU